AUGUACCAAGAGCGGAAUCCCGGCAGCCAGAAUACCGGCAGCGAUGAGAGCGCAAAGAGUCCGCUUGCGGGCUCGGUGGCUGGCUGCACUCACCACAGGUUUUAUUCCCACUCUGUGGGUCUUGUGGACACCCACGAGUGGGAAACCCCCGUGGCCCAGCUGGGCCAGGACAUUGCUCUGAGUGUCCAGGUCUCUGGAGAAGACACCACCGUGACUUGGGAGGUGGACGGGAAGCCUCUCCCUGACAGGUGCCAGCUGGUGAAUGACAAUACGACGCUGAUUAUCCCGAACGCGCAGUGGGAAGACCGUGGCAGAAAUUUCAGUGUCAGGAUCACGAACCCAGUCAGUGUGGAGACCCGAGAGCACCUGCUGCAGAUUACUGGCCCAGUUGUCGUCUCCAAUAUAACCUGUAACUCUACCCUGCUGGGCCAGGACAUUGCUCUGAGUGUCCAGGUCUCUGGAGAAGACUCCACCGUGACUUGGGAGGUGGAUGGGAAGCCUCUCCCUGACAGGUACCGGCUGGUGAAUGACAAUACGACGCUGAUUAUCCCGAACGCGCAGUGGGAAGACCGUGGCAGAAAUUUCAGUGUCAGGAUCACGAACCCAGUCAGUGUGGAGACCCGAGAGCACCUGCUGCAGAUUACUGAUCCUGGAAGAUCACAUCUUGGCGUCAUAUUCGCCAUUGUGGCAUGUGUGAUAGUUGUUGCGGUGGCUGUCGGAAUCUAUUGCAUAUGUAACAAGAAGAGAGGAACCAAACAUAGGGAGAAAAAUGGCUCCACCCAGAAUGGAUCUCUAGCCCAGCGAGUGCCGUAUACUAGGGCCUCUGACAUAGAAUUGGCUGAAGGAGAGGGGGGUGCGUGUUGACUUUGGAAUUUUUAGAGAAUCAAGAAAUAUGAAGCAAAUCUGCCAGUGUAUUAUCUCCAUACGUGAAACUACCUCCAAGUGGCAGCGUCGCACAUUUCACAGGACCGUCUGUAUAAACGUUUACCUGCUGUAACUCAUGUUUACAUGUAACUGUCUGGAGCUGUAUAUGUUUCUUCCAUUAGGAACCAGAUCAAUGGUGCUGGUGCCUCAUGCCGCUAUGCGGUGCCUCAUGCUGUUAGUCACACUGAUCCCACCCACCAGAACCUGAUGUCUCCGGCACUGGGACUCGCUUAAACUGUGCCUCAAUAUUGCCACCCAGACACGUGCAGAAUUUGUAGCCGUACGUAGGAAAUAUGUGCGCCAGUCGGAAGCAGUGGAUCAUGGUUUUUGUCUUCUGCACAUACAUCCGGCUAGCGUGCGCACAGUGUUGGAAUUGCGUUUGUGUGCGCGGGAGACGCACCGUUUCACAAAUAUCUUCAAAAUGUAUUUGGCGUUCCUGGGCGGUGAAACUCACAAGAUGGUCUGUGUUAUGGGAAUGGCGUUUGUUCAUGUGCCACGUGGGUAGUUGUGUUUUGCCUCUGGAAAUUGAGCUACUGGGGGUGAUUCAGACCGGAUCGCUGCUGUGCGUUUUUGCACAUCAGGCGAUCGGGUAGUAACUGCACAUGCACCGCAAUGCGCACGCACGACGGACAACAACGGCCAUCGGCGGUCAGCGACAGGAUGGUGCGAAAAAUCCGAUCACACAGGAGUUGAUUGACAGGAAGAGGCCGUUUGUGGUUGGUAACUGUUUACUGGGAGAGUCUGGGAAAAUACAGGCGUUCCAAGCGUUAUCAGGGAGGGUGGGUGACAUCCGCUCCGGCCCCGAUCAGCCUGUUCUCAUCGCACUGUAGAAGUAAGUCCUGGGCUGCGCACACACUGUACACAGUGGAGUUUUGCAGUUCGGCGCACACAUGCGACCAAUAUUUAAAUAUUUAAUAAAUCCUGAUCCCCUGGUCUCGAUUGUUUUCUGUCAGAAUCGGGCAUUUUUAACAUGCUUAAUUUCCCCGAUUCCCAUACGGAUCGAUGGUCGGCUGUGCCGGCGAGCCAGGGGGUCAGGGAAUCGUGGUGCCAGAUAUAUGGGGGGCCUUUACCCUCAUGUAUAAUAUCCCCAUUCCCCUAUAGAUUUUAAGCUCCCAGAUAACCUGUUUUUACUUGAAAUUGCAAUUUUUUUUAUUAUGAGAUGAUAUUUGUAAUGAAUUUGAAGGGUAGUUACCUGGAGAAUGAUGACAUGGCCAGCGUUUACUAAUACCUCAGUGACUGCUACAUAAGAUGCUGUUCUUAUAAUACGAUUUGUAUUUUAUGAUGUGUAAAUCUCCUAUGGAGAAAUCAGCAUUUCUCUGACGUCCUAGUGGAUGCUGGGUACCCCGUAAGGACCA